GGAGCGGCGCGAGGAAGAAAAUGGCCGACGGAGCAACGGUAAAAGGGCAGGGACGUCUAGCGAAGUACGUGUUUCGGGCGACUAAACCACCGAAUCCUCAUUACCUACUCGGAGUCAAACAUCUUAGUUAACUUUGAAACAUUUUUAUGUAUCCCCUCGCUGUCAAGUUCGAUCGAGGGAUCAAUUUACGAGUCCCGUAACGCGUUCGGUUCAAUUUGGUCGUUUAAAAAAGCGUUCGCGGGCGGUAGGUGGAAAUAAAAAAGUACUGGCGAGUGAUAAACAUUAAUUAUGCUCUGUACGUUUAAUUCGUACGUUCGUCCGUUGUCCUGGGUUCGUUCUCGGCCAGUGGAUCGCGAGGAUUUUGCGUAAAGAACGAGUCAGAGACUGGGAAAGUGUCGUACGUGACAAACUCAUCGAUCAGCGGUGCUGGUUUACGGCUUUGCCACUUGUGGCCAUCUACGGAUACGAGGAAAACGUUUCAAAAGAUACAAUUCGGCUUGUGAAAGGUUUACAAUAUUUAUACAAUACUUGGAAGAUGGCCGUUAGGUAGUUUCGAUGCAACUAGCAGUGUCUUAUCCGAGAUAUUGAGUAAGAAUCGACGCACUGGAAAGAUGUAAAAGUUAACAGGGGUGAAAAUGAAGCCACAAAAGAAGGCCGCGGUUGCCCGUAAGGCAACGAGAAUGCCUACGAUCGCGAAAAAACGUCGCUUUUUGGAGAAGACAGUGUCCGACGUCCGUAAAGAGAAAAAGACCAAGAAAUUAGAAGAAGCGCGAAAGAAGACCCUCGACAGCGAUAAGAGGAAAUCGGAUCAGGAAAAGAAGAAGUCGGAAGACGGCAAGAAGAAACUCGAUGAGAAACGAACGGUCAAGGAGAAAAUCGAGAAAUUGGACAAAGUCGACGAUAGGAAGAAGAAUUGCCCGAAGGAUCACGAGAAGAAGGUGGACGAAAAGAAGAUUUUGGAUAAACCCGAUGAAAAAAUGAUGAUGGAGGAAUUUGGCCACCAAGAUACGAUCGAAAAGAAGAAGAGUCAGAAGGUGGGUGAAGAGAAAACGAAAGUGGACAAACAGAUUAUAGACAGCAAGAAGAAGCCUGAUAAAGUAUUAACAGUUGACGAGAAAACAAAGAAGAAUGGGAAAUUCGACGACGAGAAUUUUGAUAACCAGGCCGCGGUCUUAAAUCUGAAGGAGAUCCUUGAUGAAAACAAGAAGGACGAGCCGCGCGAGGAAAAAGUAGACAAAGAAAUCGGCAAGAAAAAAUGCAAGGACGACAAGAAGAAAGAUAAUUCGAAGCCCAUUAAGGUAUCUGUGAUAAAGGACAAAAAGUCAGACCGGAAGAAGAUUGGUAAGAAGGAUUCAAAGUCCAAGUCCGUGCAGAAGAAGGAGAUCUCGAAGAAAACGGUUCUAACUAAGAAGUCUCAUUUGUCAAUAGUUCAAAAACUAGUUGAUAAGAACAUUAAGCCGAACAAAUUGCUUAACUCCGAGGAGACGACCUCGGUCAGCGAAGAAGAUGAGUCCGUGAAGAAAACGAAAAGAAAAAGCGCACCCUCGAACGCCUCUUCCAAAACUAAGAAGCCAAAACUAGGAAAAUCUAUGAAAGCCAAGCUGCCUUUAAAAAAUAAUAAAAUUAGUACCGACAAACUGCGAACGUUGGUAGAUAAGAUUGUCCCUAAGAAAAAAAUAGAAUCGAAGGAACCAGAGAAAUCGUCGAACGAGAAGAAAUUACGUAAAGACGAAUCGAACGAAGAAACGGAUGUAACAGAUACAAAAAGCGACGUCAAAGAAGUGGAAGAUAAUAAGGAGAUAGAUAAAGUUAACAAAGAGGAACAAGUACAAUCUAAGUCACAAGAAGUUAAGAAGAACAUUGGCAAGAGCGUUUCCAAGUCGAGUGAGAAGAAUAAGAAGGUCGUGAAGAAGAAACCUGUUAAAUUACAAGAGAACAUAAGUCAGUCGUCGUCAUCUUCCGAGGAUACGUCAUCCGAGGAAUUGAAACAGACUAAAACCGGUGAGGGCGGCGUCGACGACGGCGUCCCUUCUAAACAAGAGAUCGAGGAUCCGAUCGAAGAAGAUUUUAAGGAUGAAUGCGAAAUGAACGGAGAUAACGGUAGUAGUAACUCUGUCACGUCGGAGUCCGAAGACUAUAGCGACGAGGACUCGAGAAGGAAGAACAGGGAUUAUAAGAAGAGAAGUAGAUCGCCCAGCGAUGAACGAUUUAGAAGAAUGAGAUUAUUCGGUUUCUGGAACGGUCCUAAGAGACACAGAGUGGCUUCCUUGAACGCCUUGGCCAAAGUUCACUGUUUGUAUGAGAACGAAACAGGUGGUGUCUACCUGGGCGGUUUCUGUAAGCCUAAACCAGAGAAGGAAAGGCAGAAGAAAUCUAAGGAAGAGAUCAAGGAGAAGGAGAAAGAAAAGGAGAAGAAAGUAGAGACUAAAACGGAGGAGAGCACGCCUAAAAGGAAGUUGAGGAACGUCCCUGGUUUAAGAGGAAAGCAUUGGGACAUGUUAGAAAGUUCUUCGUCCUCUUCUUCUUCUUCUUCCGACGAGGAAUAUGAAAAGGAGAAAAGUGUAGAGAACAGUGGGAAGAAGAGAAUCACCAAGCGUAGAAAGAAGGAGGAAGUGAUGGAUCUGAAAGACAUGGUGGUUUGUAAGAGAAUGGCUUCUUUGAAUGCUUCAGCUAUUCUGGCAGCGUCCUACUCGGACGAGAAGCAUCUUCGCGGUAGCAGUAGCAGCGAUUCUUCGAGCGAGUCCGAGGUGGAGAUCAUCAAGAGGCGAAAGCAGAACGAUUCCGAUAUCGAUAAACGUAAGUCGAGACAGAACGCGGAGCAGGAUGACGUCUUGAAGCCGUCGAACAAACUGGUUAUUCUUAAUCAAGACACCGACGUCACUAUUACCGGUGUCUACGUUAAUCAGACUCGAUCUACGACUCACGAGGGUUUCUGCAGCAUCGCCGGAAUGCAGUAUAGAAUCAGUUCGACGAGUCAUACUCAGACAGCGGCUACUGCCGUCGCUACCGAACUCCACGAUCAGCAAAAGUUGGAACAACCUUGCAAGUCGUACACACCAUUGGGCGCGCUGUCUUCUAUGCAACCACCUGGUAGCCAGGGUAGUCAUCCGAAUAUGUCGCCGAGGAGACAUUCCGCGUUCUCUGCUCCGCACCAACACGGAUAUUAUCAGCCGGCUGGGCCACUGAUACAACAUCCGCCGACAUUGCCUCCAAUCAAGGGACCACCUCCGGAGCCAACUCCGACCCCACCGCAGAACUCCGAGGGCUCGGACGACCUGGUCGCAACUUCCACAACGUCUGGAGGUACGAGCAGUACAGGAGGCGGAUUUUAUAGGGCAUAUUGUCCUCAAUACUACGGCACACCGCCACAGUACCCCGAUCUGUGUUAUCCGCCAACGUAUUCUCACCCCCACGCUCAUCCUCCGCCUUAUUACAAAUACCCGCCCACUUACAGAAGGUACUUUUUCAGGCAGUACUACGGCUACCAGGAAUCCGGCGGAGGUGGUGGCCCAGGUGGCGGCGCAACUGCCGGAGGACCGGCGGUCGUCGACUAUCAACCGCCUCCGCCUCCAGGAGAAUACCCUCUGCCGCCUUACUACGGAGCAUAUCCUCCUCCUCCGCCACCGCCGCCACCUCCGCCCAAUCCGGCGUAUUUACAUACUCAGGGAAGACCUUUCGUAGAUCACGCAGCUUUCCAAGGCUGCCCAUGCCCGAUGCAGUCCUGUCCAAAAAACGUGGAUACUGGGCCCCUUAUUGGUAAUGGUAAGGGAGCGCCAGUGGUAUCGGGGCCCGGUCUGUCAUUGCCACCCAGUGCUUUGGUAGGUCCGCCCUCGCCGGCGAGGGGGCUAGCCGGGCUAGCGCCGCCUCACGGUGCCAACGCCUGGGAUACGGAUCGCGUCCAACUUAACACACAUCGCAACCUGAAUCAGAACCAAUCACAGCCCACAACUACAGUACCGGCCUCGCGCAACGUCGCCAACAAUCGGCAACAGAACACCGAUUGCAAGAAGGACGAGAAGAACUGCUCGAAGGAUUCUAAGAUCGAGAAAUGCGGUUGUCAAAAGCAUGCGUGUACUUCGAACUGCGAGGUGAAAAUGGAGAACCUGUCGCCGUCGGAGAAAUUGUCGGUUACCACCUGCCCAGGUGGUAAAUACGGGCACAAUUUCAAAUUGGAGAACAAUAAUGUGAAGUGCGAGUCGUGUAGCGUCGAGAUCGGCGACAAUUUGUCCUGCGUGGCCAAUUGCAACGUGAAAUGCGAGUCGGACUACAAAUGCGAUAUAAUGAAGUGCGAGCAGUGCAUGAAGGAAGGUCAGAUGGCUAUACUGGAGAUAGACAAGGACUCUGGGAUACUGCUGGACGAGAAAUUGGACGCGGACGACGUAAAGGAGGAGUUGAUGAACGAUGUGGCUGUUCCGAUUGAAAAUGAUAACUGGAAGAAGCCCGAUUAUGAGCCUACGGUUCAGGAAGAAACGUUGCAACAAGACGAAUCCGAUGGGGAUAAAAGCUUGGAGAAGGAAGUGGAAGAGGAGCCUCAAACGGAACAGCCGAGGUGUCAGAAGGUUUCCAAAAGAAAAUUGUCUUUGGACAGCCUUUCGGACAGCAGAAAGAAGAGGAAAGUGAGUAAGAGAACUCUCUCCGUCGGCUCGUCGCAAGAUUUAAAUAACGGGGAGCUUGUAUCCCCUAAGAUUUCUUUACCAGCUCUAUGCCUGGUAAAGAAAACUGAUAGCAACAGCGAGGACUGCGCUUCGCGGAAAAAACAGAUAAAGAAGGAUGCUACGAUGCAUAAUCAAAAGAGGAAAGUGGAUAACUCUAUGGAGAACGCAAGCGCGAAGAAGUCGAAGACGUCCAAACAGGCUCCUAGCAACAAUAUCUUAACUAAUUGCGUUAAGCAAUCUGCUAGCGAUAAUUCCAUCAUGGAAACUAUCGACAAUGUCAUUCAACAGAGCCUGCAGAUGACGCAGAAGAAAGAUCGGAAGAGCAAGACCAGCGAGAAGUCAGAAAGAUCGAAGAAAGUGGUGAAUCUUUUAUCAGCGGUGAAGAAAGUGACCAAGAAGAUCGACUUAGUAUCUGGAAAAUUGUCUAAGAACGCGCAGUCCAAGUCUAACAAGUACAAAUCGAAGAGCAAGAGCAAGAACAAAAGUAAGUCCAAGUCCUACGAGACUAAGACGAAGGACAGCGGUAAAAAACAGGCGGUAACGGCCAAGUCCAAGGCUGCUGUAUGUAUCGACGAGACGAGGAUGAAGCAGCCGGCGUUGAUAAAGAAGAAGCAGCGAAAAAAUACCAAAAAGCCGGCGAUUAAUAAGAAAUCGGGAUCGAAACUCCUGGAAAAUUGUUCGACCGGGAACGAGCAUCUAGUUUUGACUAGGAAAAUGUUCCUGAAGCCGAAGUGGAGCAACGGAUGGAGCUGGGAGGGAGACCCGUUCGAGGCCAAAGUUUAUUUAACGAACGAAGAGUCUGCGAUACGAAGGUGUUACGCGAGCAUGAAACACGAGAGUGGCGACGUGCUGAGACCCCGGGAUUGCGUUUUAUUGAAGAGCGGUCCGCGCAAAGCAGAUUUGCCCUUUGUAGCGAAGAUUGCUGCCCUUUGGGAGAAUCCCGACGACGGCGAAAUGAUGUUCUCGUUGCUAUGGUACUACCGACCUGAGCACACCGAGCAAGGCAGGACGCAAUACGACACGGCGGAUGAAGUGUUCGCAUCGCGGCACCGCGACGCCAACAGCGUUGCUUGUAUAGAGGACAAGUGUUAUAUCUUGACGUUCAACGAGUAUUGCCGGUACCGAAAGAAUUUGAGAAGAAUCGAGGAGGGAUUGGAAAGUCCUGGCCUGAUAGUCCCACCCGGGGACCAGGUUUACCCGAGGGAGAGUUGCCAGCCGCCCAUACCCGUUCCCUCGGACAUGGUUUUAUUCUGUCGACGCGUUUACGACUACCGCGGCAAGAAACUCGUGAAAAAUCCCGGAUGACUCGAUUUUUUGUAACGGAUUCGAUCGGGAACCAAUUAAAGAUGGGAUAAACGCAACGAUGCACAAAAAACUGUUUUGCUGCAUGUAAGAACGAAAACGGAUGUAGGUCUCCCCUUCAAGCGUAUCCACUGCUGUUAAUCGAGUUCAAUUUACGCUUUAAAGGUACCAAAUUUAUUCUUUUAUCAAUUCUUAUCACGUUUUUUCCCACGUUGCGGUUCGUUCUUCAAGUUUCGCUUGAUCGUAUGCGAAACGGUGUUUGCGUCUUUUUUGAUUUUCUUUUUAUUAAGCUAAACGGUUGCAGAGCAACCUGUGCUAAUUAGUGGUAAUUUGUGUGAAUUGUAUAUUACAAUUAAGUACAGCUUGUUUUGCCUGCUUGAAAGUUUUACUUUCCUAAAAUAGAGCUAGGAAUUUAAUCGACUCAUUUAUACGAGUAAACAAAAAAGUUUAAUUUUUAAUGCAAGAUAGAUGGGAAUAAUGCUUGAUUAGACGUAUGAUAAGUUGGGAAUAAUCUGCUUUGGUCUUGGAUCAAUUCGUUUGUUCAAUUCGCGGAAAAGAGAUACAAGACGGAUGAAGAGAAAUAAUAGAUAAAAUAAAUCACGGGGAACCUAUAAGUAAGAAAGAUGGUAUAUAAAAUUUAUUAUAUGUAGCACAAAGAGAGAGAAAUUGCGCGCGCGCGAGAGAGAUAGAGUAGAGAGAGAGAGAGAGAGAGAGAGAGAGAGAGAGACCAAACAGUAAAAGGUAAAAAUAAUCAAUAAAAUUUUUGAGUGUGAAUGAACGACGAAUCGUUUCAGUGAAGUGGUCGAGAAAUAUUUCUUAGGAGAAUAUAAUAAUAGAGUUUGACAAUUUUAUAGAGAGAGCGAUAGUGAGAGAGUUUGGACAGGAGAGAAAGGGAGAGAGAGAAUGAUAUUUUCUUGUGAGAUAAAAUAGCGUAUCUGCAAGUUGAAAUAUUUUUUAAAUAUUUUUCACAUAAAUCGGGAAAGAGAUAUGAAUUAAAAUACAGUGUAUUAUCCCAGAAAAUUGGAAAAAGGCAAGAAGUUGUUCAGGUUUUCUACCGUAAUAGUACAUAAGCAUAUGUACAGUAGUGAUUCGACGUUUGGAAUUACACAAAUAUUCUAAGUAGCGUAGGAAUUACAUUUCAAUUACGAUCGUUUGAAAAAAAAAAAAAAACAAAGUUUUUCAGUUGCAUUAGUUAAAGUAAUGUUUUCAGUUGACAAACUUUUUGCCUUUUUUUGGGGAUAGUAUACGUAGAAUUUUCGAAUCGAUGCUACGUUCAUAGCGAGUUCUAACACUUUGGUUCGCGUCAGAAACAGUUGCCACGUAAGUAUUUAUACUGAAACUUGGUGUCACGCCAGAUUAGUCGAAAGGUAAACGGAUUUUAGCUUCCAAUUUUAAUUUUUCAUUCGUCAAAUUAAAGACUAAAUGAAAAUGAAUACUAUAUGAAUGAAGAAAGAGGAAGAUCAUAGACUAUGUAGAUUUUUGAACCGUGGAAGUUAACAAUAAUUCCGAUUAAAAUUAUUCCAACUGCCAUAUCACAGAGAGAGAAAAGAAAAAAAUAUAUUUAACGAUUCCUCCUUAACUGUAAAUUUAUAAAUAUUUAUUUAUCUAUUUGUGUUUUCAUACCAAGUUUUAAGAGAGUAGGACGAUUAUUACAAAGUUUUCUCACGCGUCUCCCUUUUUUCUUUCUUAACAGAAUCACACGAUAUCUUUCUCACAGACUCGGUCGAAAUAAUAUAAAGCGAGACUUUUUACAACGGAGAUAUUUAUACAUAUAUUAUAACCCGUUACGCGAAUUUGUACAUUAAUUAACGAUUAAUUAAUUGAUCGUUGCUUUUUAAUUUAAACUUUUGUAUAACCACACACAGACACAGACAGAUACACACACGUUACACACAAUCUCUAUCACGUUAGCUCGUUAGGGAACAACGUGGUUGUGUACGAUAAUAAUAAAACCGCUUUGUAUUUUUUUUUUUUUAUUAAGAACCUGCGGAUAUUUAUGCGAACACGUGACUUUACAUUAAAACCGCAGCUCGAGACACGAACAUGUACUUCUCAUCGUAUACAUAGUUUCUACUUUUGUGUAUUUUUUUAUACCCUCGCUUAGUCAGAACGUUUUACCGAUGCAGCUUCAUUUCGUUGGACAUAGAAACUUCUCUGGUCGCAUGAAUAUUCGCGGUGUAACCGUUAAUUUCGAGUCGUAUGAUUAUCAAUUAGCGCCGCAUAGUCCAAGUGUAUCACAUCGGUAGUACGCGAAAAAAAAAGAGAGAAAACGUAAAAAAAAUGUAUCCGUGAGUUUUUCGAGGCGAGAAGUGAAUUACGUUAGUCGAGGAAAUUACAAUUACAAUUAGACAGCGGGUUUCGAUCGAAAGUUACUGUAUUGUUUAUUUAUUCUAGCACGAACGUUUCCGCAGAAUCGGAUCACGAUGAGUACAAGAGACUCGAACGGAAUUCUGUUCACCGGUCGCAGCAAUUUCGUCUUUCUCAUGAAAAAAACGCGGUCUAACUGUAAUUAUAAUUGUUAGCCGAUAAAAUUAUAAUUAACGAGUAGAGAACGAACGUGAGAGUGGGAGAGAGGCACCUUAGGGACGUAAUUAUAAUAAUUAAUUAUUUUUAACGAAAUUCCAAAUGAUCAUGGUAAUGAAUGAUGACGACGAUGACGAGGACGAUAAUGAUAUACCGUGUACGAUGCCUGCCAGAAGUAUCGAAUCGAGUUCAAUUUAAAAGAUCAUUGCCCGAUGAUAAUUCCAAGUGAAAUUUGUAAAGGUCGAUGGGAAAUAGAGGAGAGAUAUGAAAUUGGAUUUUGGCACUUUUGAUAGGUAACGUGCAUACAUUAUGCGUAUAUAUAUAUUUUCUCGAUUAAAAAUUUGUUGAGUGGCGGGUGUUGAGUUAGCAAGAGGAAAAGAAAUAUCAUAUUAUUAUUUAAAAUUAAUAUAUUGAUACACGAACACGAUUAUUAUUUAACAUAAUAUAUUGGAUAUAUUAUAGACAUCGGUAUAAGUUAUUUCUGAAUAGUAUAUAUAUUAUUAUAAAUUAUACUAAUAAUUAUUAUUAUUAUGUAGUGUAUAGAUAGGGGGAGGGAGGCCGUGAUCGUUCCUGUCUGAGUAGGCGAGUGUGCGACGAGAGAUAGAGAAUCGAGAGAAUGAUCUUCGAAAAGAUGCAAAAGGAACAUGUUUUGAAGAAAGAAAAUUACCUGUGUAAUACAAA